AAUAGGUUGGCAAUAGCGUCACUGAUACAAUCCGUGUUGACGGCACGUGUACUUGUUUUGUUUUUUUUUUUUUAAAUUCAACAAUGGAGCACGAAGAUAUUCCUGAACUUAUUGACGAAGAGCACACUAAUAACUGUGUUAAUGGCGCUAAAUUCAGCGAUGAUGAUGAUGAUGAUGACUUCAGCGACGUUGAUGAGGAGAUGGAAAUGGAGCCAGUGCAAUGUUUGUUUUGUAAGCUAGAUUUGUCCAAUGUAGAAGCUGGCAUAGAACAUUUAAAGCUAGCGCAUAAAAUUGAUUUCCAUAGAUUGAAAUCAAAAUUUCAAAUGGAGCAGUAUUCUUUCAUCAAACUGAUCAAUUGCAUACGCAGUGAAGACGUGCCUGCUGAGAAGUUUAUAACAGCAGAGAUACCAUUUUGGAACGAUGAAAAAUAUUUAAAGCCCAAAGAGUAUGAAGCUUGGUUAAGCUAUGAUUAUGACGAAAUGCCAGCAGAGUCUGAAGAGCCAAAUGAAAGUAAGAGCGAAACCAAUUUGACAUCAGAAAUAAAUGCAUUAAAAGAAAAAGUUAAGGAAAAAGAACUGUUGCUAGAGCAAGCCAGGGAAGAUAUGGCUAAAAUGCGUCAAAGUUUCCAACGUUUGUUGGACAAAGAAAGCGCACCCGUUGUGUGUACGAAAAAUGGUAAGGUAUUGCCAUUAAAUUCAGUGGCAGGCGUAUCGGCUGAAGCUGAUAGUGGUUAUUUUAGUAGCUACGCACAUUUCGGCAUACAUCACGAAAUGUUAUCAGAUGAAGUUCGCACGACUAGCUAUCGUGAUGCUUUACUUUUAAACAAAUCAUACGUCAGUGAUAAAGACGUUCUUGAUGUUGGUUGUGGUACCUCAGUACUUUCGAUUUUUGCAUCACAGGCCGGCGCUAAAUCUGUUGUUGGCGUAGAUAACUCGGACAUAAUAUACAACGCGAUGGAUAUUGUGAAGCGUAACAAUAUUGAUAAUGUUAGUCUUGUAAAGGGACGUCUGGAGGAUACUAAACUGCCACAAGAAAAAUUUGAUAUUAUAAUCUCCGAGUGGAUGGGUUACUUUCUGCUUUUUGAAGGCAUGUUAGACAGUGUGAUUUAUGCGCGGGACACACACUUAAGAGAAGGUGGCAUUGUAUUACCAAAUCGUUGCACGAUGAGUAUAGUUGGCUAUGGCAGCGAAGCAUUGUAUAAAAAUCAGGUUACAUUUUGGGAUGAUGUGUAUGGCUUAGAUAUGUCAAACAUGCGAAAGGAAGUGAUGCAUGAACCUCUUAUUGAUAUAGUAGAUGCCGAGCAUAUACUCACCGAACCAAAUUUGAUAGCAGAUUUGAACAUAGAAAAUGUCGAUUUGAACUACUCGAAUUUUUCAUAUGAGUUCAAUCUGAAAUGUACAAAGAGUGGGGAGAUAUCAGCCUUUGUUGGAUACUUUGACACAUUUUUCGAUCUACCUGUGCCAGUGAUGUUCAGCACAUCCCCAAACAGUAAGCCAACACAUUGGAAACAGGUGGUAUUUUUCUUAGAACAAAAACAAAUAGUAUCAGUUGGUGAUUGUGUCAAGGGUAACAUCAUAUGUCGCCGAAGUCGUAGUAGCGCUCGAUCACUGGACAUAACAAUAGAUUCAUUUGGAAAUAAAUGCACGUACUACUUGGACUAGAUUUCUAGGAACACUUACGAAUGCUUUUAUUAUGGUCCGAUUUACAAUAUUUAUAAUUGAUAUAAAUAGAAAAUUAUGACAAGAAAAGAACCAGUGUAUAUUGACGAGUUUAUCAACUGUGGCUAUGUUCAGCAAUAUUCGAGAUAAGUUUUUGUAAAAUUAAAGUGUUUCGUUAUUUACUACGUCGAUAUUUUGGCAACCGACAGACCAUAGUUUAAUUUUUUUUCAAGGAAAUAAAAUGUAUUUGUUGUAUAUAUGCAUUAUUGGAAUAUGU